AUGGAAUGGCCCAGCCCAAAACAAAAAAGGAAAGUUAUAGUACGCGAUGCGUUCCAUUUGUACGAAUCGCGAACAUACCACGCACGACCGGACGUAGAGCCACUAAGAGCUGGCAGACCAGGCCGGGCGCAGGUUCCAGAUCCGAAAAGUCGAGUCUCGGAUCAGCCUAGUGCACCAACCACGUGGUACGACGGGCACUCAAAGACCUGGCGAAUGAUGGCCCACUCCACCCAAGAGCGCUUAUGUUAUAGGGGAACUCAUGGCUGGAAACAACCCUUAUGGUUUGUUUUGAUAUCCGGCAGGAAUAAUAAAAAAAAAGUCCAGGUUGGUUGGUGA